AUGACAUUUUCAUCAUUUAUAUUUGGGGCGGUGGUUGCUGUCCUCUUGUACAAUCAUUGGUAUGAGAAGAAAGACUUAGGGGAAGAAAGUAUCCUGAGCAGUAUACACAACUACCUUACAGGGAAAGUAAUGAAUGUGGUGGACUACAUUAUAUGGUUAUUUUCAUGGUUUGCGUUCUUCUAUUUGGGCAUUCUGGUAUACCUCGGCAUUUGCGCUUGUGUCGUUGAAUUGAGGUGGAAUCUUUUGUGGGUUUUAUUUUUACAUUUUCUGUACAACCAUAUACAACAAGAAAUGGAAAAAUAUUAUUUGAAGGAUCAGGAGGGAGAAAAUAGAGAGAUAAACAGCCAUUACAGCUACAUUAUAGUUGGAGCCGGCACAGCUGGGUGCGUUCUUGCUAACAGACUUUCGGAAGAUCUAGGAUCCUCGGUGCUUAUUGUAGAGGCGGGAGGUUCCGAGGACGAACAUGAAAUGAUGAAGGUCCCAUCCAUGGCAAGAGUUUUGCAAACGACAAAACAUGACUGGAAUUUCAGGACAGUUCAACAGAAAUUUAGAUGUCAUAAUAAGAAAGAUAGGGUAUCAGAAUAUUAA